GCGUGACGCCCGGGAAGCGUGUGGGCCUGCUGCGGCGACGGCGACCGAGAGCGCUCGACGCCCGUGGUCCGGAGGACUGCUCCUGUAUCCGCGCUGUUGCGGAUUGGCUCGUUUCUAUUAUUUUUGUGGCGAGGCGCCUUCAUUUUCGAGUCAAGACUCAUCGGGCGCAGUUUGGGGCGUUUCUGAGAGAGUGGGGCCGAAAUCCCCUGUUCAUUUUGUCAGUCACUUUGAUUCUGGGGUUGUUUUUCGACCGAGCGCCACAAAACUUGGGUCUCUCGGCUCGGGGCGCGUUGAUCCCCCUCGGAGCAGAGGGAACGCGGAAGCCACCACCCUUGUACGGAACGAAGGACCGGCCGUGCCAUCGGAGUGAUCGACUCUCGCGUGACACCGUCUAGAGCGGCGAGCACUUUUGUCUCUUCCUGGUCGGUGUGGGGCGUGCGCUGGUGAUGGCGGCGACCUCAGCUUGGGGACUCGGGACGCAUAAGAUGACCGCCGACUUGUCGGCGUCGACUCCCGUGGCCAAUUCCUCAACUGAAUCGCCAAUAAAGGCGAAGAGCUUCGGCAUGGUAGAAGGCGCCAUCACUGCCCCCAGCGCGUCAAACGGCAGCACAGCGGUAAGCUCGCCAUCUGCAGCAGCAGCUGCAGCUUCCGCGGUCACGGCAGCAAACCACAGCACCACGAAGAACGCCUCCGCGGCCGCGGCCGCCGCCUCAAACGGAGCGGAUCGGGUACCGGCGUCCGCGGGGGAAGUUGGCGCGGCGGGGCAGGGGGAGGAGGAAGCUUCGGAAGUGGCGGCGGGGACAAGCUCGGACUCGGGAGAUGAGGAGGAGGAGGAGGAGGAGGACCAGGGGAGAGGAGGUUCUACUGUUUCCAAACCGAGCACACCAGCAGCUGUGGGGGGAGAGGCGGAGGGGGGUGGCAGGAGGGAGGAGGAGGAGGGGCCAAAGGAGGCGUUGAGUACAGAAGAAGCUUGUGGAGAAAGGCCGGCGGCGGAGGCAACCGUCAAGGACAAAAAACAGCUGGAGGCGGACGGGGGAGAAUCGAAAGGAGAGGAGCCGGAGGUAGAAGGGUCAGAACCAAAGAAGGAGCUUGCGAAGGAGGCGGGGGCGAAGGAAGAGCUUGCAGCAAAGGAGGGGUGCGCUAAAUCGAAGGAGAAGGUGACAACAGCAGAAUCUAGCGCGACCAAGGAGACGACGGCGGCAGUGAAUGGGAAUGGGCCGGUGGAGAGCAACGGUGGCCACAGUCCCGCUGCUGCCGCUAUGGCCGCCGCGGCCCCGGCGGCCGCGGCCGCGGCCGCGGCGCGUAACGCCUCCUCGUCUCCAGCGGCUUCUUCCCCACGGCAAGAGGUGGACGAUCACGCGGCGCGAGCGUCGGAUGCCGCCACGGCGGCGCUAGCGGCGGCGCUCGCGUCCGCUACGAGGAGUUCUCCGACGCCCCGCCCCGCUCGCGCCUCGCCACCGUCCAAGUCGCCCGUCCCUUCCCAGCAGCAGUUGUUGCCGAAGGCGGAAGAACGGGGUACGGGGGCGGCGGCGGCGGCGGCGGCUGUCGGGGUGGGUGAAUCGGCGGCCGGGGCGGGGAGAAGCGGAGCAGGGUCAGCGGCGAGGCACUCCACUCCGGUGAUGGUGUUCCGCGCGCCGCAGGGGCGAAGCUUGCCGCAAAAGUGCAGCGAGGCGGACGUGGAACGCGCGUUGUCUGCCGCGCGCUUCGUUCCGGAUCGAUCCUCGCCGGCCUGGGGCGGCGGCGCGCCUCCCUUGCCGCCGCCGUUGCCGCUGCCGACGGAAUCGAUGCCCUGCAUGGUGGGGCUCUUCAAGGUCGACGAGACGACGGGAGUGCACCGGUGCACGGGCAACUGGGCGAUGAACAAGGCGGACCUGCAGGCUGCCGAUAAGAACCGAGCGAGCCCGUUCGAGUUCAGGAUGGUGGAAGGAGGCGGCGCGGGUACGGGGGCGGUACGGUUUCCACACACCGGGAAAUAUCAAGGACACUUCUUGGUGCGACAACCGCCCAAGCCGGUGUCCAAGGUGGAGGAAAAGGACCUCCACAUCGCGUUCGUCAAGAACUCGGAGGGCGGCUGGAACGUGGAGGGGCAGGGGAACAAUGUGUACGGAGCGUUCACCAUCACCGGCCGCCUCAGCGCCAAUCGAGAGCUAGAGGUCUACCGAGCCUACCGGAAGGUCGCGAAGGCGCCCCGCCCGCGCGCGAGCAGCACGGCGGGGGCGGGGGCUACGCCGGGGAAAAGACCAGGGGGGGGUGGGUCGGGUAGCACACCCGGCCUGCACGGGCCGAACCGAGGGAAGCACUUUUCGCCGGCCGCGGUAGGGAGUCCUGGUUUUGCUAACGGCGGGGGGUCGGCCAAGGCGGGUGGGUCGGGGCCGGAGACGCCGGCACCCCCUAGCCGGAGAGUGAGCCGCACGCCGUCGAAGCUGAUCAACGACAUCGGCAACGACGGCACGACGCACCUCACUCACGGGCUGCGGCGUUGUGUGACGGUGUUGAACAACUUGCGGUCUAUCCGAGGGAAGAGCGAGUGGUUCAACGAGCCGGUGGACUACGUCGGGCUCAACUUGCCGGAGUACACCACGAUUAUCAAGCGGCCGAUGGAUCUUGGCACCGUGAAGUCAAAGCUGGAGAGCGGAGAGUACAAGAAUACGGUCGAGUUCGCCCACGAAGUCCGUCUUGUUUUCAGCAACGCCUGUCGCUACAACUCCGACGAGACGAGCGAUGUCCACAUUGCUGCGAGGCACCUGUUGCACGUGUUCGAUGCCAAGAUGGAGGAGCUCGGGCCGGGCCUGGACGACCCUCCUUCGAAGCGAAAAAAGUCGGGGGGAGGCGGCGGCAGCAGCAGCAGCAACAGCAACAACAACAACCACCACCCGUACAGCAGUAGCACACGAGGCGCCGGCAACUUGGGGGGUUCCGACGACAGCGAUGAGGAAAUGCCGGACCGGGAUAGGAAGCGCAAGAGUUCGGACGGGGGCGGUGCUCACGGAGGGCAAGGGGGCGGUGGCGGCGGCGGAUCCACGAGCAAGAAGGCCCGGGCUCCUUCGAAAGCGGAACGGGCGCAACCUAAGCCGGAGAUGCCGGCGCCGGUGGCGCCUCCGCCCCCUCCGGCCCCUGCCGUCACCCCGGUCGCUGACCCGCAGCACCAGCAGCAGGUCUUGAUGAUGCAGCGCCAGAUCACCAAGAUGCAGGAGCAGCUUGCCUUGAUGCAAGGAGGGGUGGGGGUUCCGCCGCCGCCGCCGCCACCCGCUGUGGAAGCGCCUCCAAGACAGCCAUCUUCUGGGUCGAAACGAAAGUCGAAACCCCGUACCAGCAAACCGGGCGUGGGUAGCUCGAAAUUCGAGGCGAAGAGCCCGAAAGUAAGCGGUGACGGCAGCAGAAAGGGCGGCGGCCGGUCUAGAGCGGCGCCGAACCCGGCGAAGGCCGCAGCCGACAAGGCCGCCAAGGCCGCUGCGAAGGCCCGGAAAAACGCGGAGGAGAAGAAGCGAAAAGCGGAGGAGGCGGCGAGGGCCGCGGAAGCCCUCGCCGCCACCCAGAACCCUCUCACCUUCGACGAGAAGAAGGCUCUAAGCGUGGCGAUCAACAAUCUGGACCAGUCUAACCUCACCCGCGUCGUGGAGAUCAUCCAGGCGCGAAUGCCUCUCGGGAGCUCCGACGAGGAGAUCGAGCUUGACAUCGACUCCAUGGACAACCUCACCCUACGGGACCUCCAGGGCUUCAUCAAGGACGUCAGCGACAAGGGCGGGGGACGAAGAGGCGGGGGCAGUGUAGACUCCGACUCCGACGGCGAACAGUGGUGACAAACGACGACGUGAUGAUGAUUUUGGUGUGACGGUUUUGUGGGUGUAUCGAUGCCUGGCGGGAGGGCCGGCGGUGGCGGGUGGGUGGGUGCCUGCUGGGCCCGCGCGCGGGCGGCAGGAUCUUGCAGUGGUUGUGUGUUGUGUGUGUUUUUUCGUGCGGUCAAAGCGACCGGCUUGACUUGUUAAGGAAGAGGUAAAGGUGGGGGGAGGGGGGGGAUUGAAACCGGGAAAUCGGUACAUACAGCAGCAGUUAGUCGUUGGUCUCGUUUCUGUUCUAUCGGGUGGGACCGAUCUGGACGACAAAACCAUUCGUGGCAAGGAAAAUGGGAUGGAAUUUUUGCCAUGGAACGCGGCGCGACUGUGGCCUGCCCGUCGUAUUUUCUUGGAUCGUACAGGGUCUUGGUCCCCGAACCGCCCAAAUCGGGCUGGUUCUGUUGCUCACUGCUUUGGGCAGAACAAGAAAAGUGGCCAGCAGGCAACAUUGUCAGAACAUGCGCUCCUCCGCUCGCUGCAGUUGUUCUUGCUGGCCGCCAAUUGUCGGUUGAUGGCAGUUGCUGAUGGCGUCGGUGCCAGGAAAGAUUUGAAACUGAAAACUGCACUGCCGCUGUUGUGGAAAAAAAACAAAGCCGAACCGAAGUACUUCAGGUCUUUUUGGGUGGUAACUUGGCGAGGGAUAGGGCAAAGAUGAGACCGGUAUUUUUGGGCAAGCGCGGCUUUUUUCGGGUGCUUUGCAUUACAUGUAUGCAUAUGCUUGCAGGGCUGAAUGUAUGUUAGAGAGAGGGUUCCUGCGGGAGCGGGAGCGGGGGCUGGCAAUCCCGUGCGUUGAUUGACUCAGGCUGACGAGCCUUCUCAACUCUUUACUCGUUCAUCGCUGGACGUGUUCGUUGUUGUUGUGCUUUUUGGGAGCUGAAUAGACGGGAGUAGCAGUGAGAGAACGCGCGCUUUUGAUGCCGCUCCCUCUUGCCCCUCACGCACGGCAUGCGUGUUGGUUUGGGCCUCUUUUGUAUCCCUGCCCUUCUUUGUGCAACGAGGCCCUCGCAUUCGCUCUGUGUUUCGACUCGAACUCGGCAUGUUUCCCUUUCCUUGGCCCUGCUGUCGUGAAGGUGCUGUGGGUGAAAAAGGUUCGAAAUGACAAUGAAAAUCACACGGUACGAACUAUGGAACCGAACGCUGGGUGCAUGCAUUCGUGAUCGGUGGAAAUCGGAACAACCGUCAGUGAUCCAUGUGAUCUUGUUUGGGUUGCACUUGUUGCCGCCCGACGUCAAGGAAUAAAUGGGUAGAGGUUGUUGAUGCUGCGUGCGUGCGUUCGUUGUUAGUGCUGUACGGCUGACUGCAGAGGAGGGGCGUGCUGUUUGGCUGUGGGUAAGCUGGCACGACGAUGGGUUGCACAUGGCUCAGCCGGCACGGUCGAGGUGUAUACUCUCGCCCGUCCGUCGUCUGUCUUGUCUUCGCGUGGUAAGCGUUGUCCAUCUCUUUUAACCACGUGCUCUGUGUCGCUGUGCCUGCCAGCAAAUCGAGGCGUGCCACUAAAAAGAGGUGGUAGAGGGGAAGGGCGUGACCUGUUGACAUUCCGCAGAAUUAACGCAGGCCUUCUUGGAUAAGAGAGGCAAGGGGGGGAGGAAAUGUGCCACAAGCAAAAAACAAUCGGGUGUGUGUGUACACUACACGCACCGAGUUUCUUCUCUGCUCUCUGCUUGGGAGGAAGUCUUGGGGAUUGACUGUGCUUCUAACUGUCGCGAGCGGGGGGGCGGGGACGGGGGCGGGCGGGCACCUCCUUUCUUGGUGACGAAACGUCGUAGGCACGCAUGUACGCCCGGCCGAGUGGACCAUGCAAGGAGCUUGGCAAUAACAUAGAACUGCUGCAUUGAGGGAGAAUGAACGCCGGUGAAAGAGCGCAACGUUAGGCUACGGAGCCAUUGUAAGUUCUCAACCGUUGGGGCCGGGGGGGAACAAUGACAACACGCAACGGCAGUAGUAGUAGUAGUGGUGGUGGUUUUUGACAACGUGGUGGAUAAGAAAGGAUAAAUGACAAGGACUAUUUUUUGUGCGGGAGAAGCCAGUAGGCCCGAGAACGCAAACAAAAGAGAGAUCAUGGUUUGUUUGUCGGUCCCCUCCGUUGCAUCGUACGUGUGGAUUUCAUUGCGGUUCGGUUAUUAUUUAUUAAGGAAGACCUGAGAAAAAACGACUUGGGGUACUCCCGGGUUGAGGACAUUCAUUCACGCAUCGACCUUGAAACGCUCUGGUCUUGAUACUUUCCUU